CUGAGAGCUAGCAAGGGGCUUUAAACAGCUUCACAAGAAAUUGAGACAAAGGGACUGUAACCUGCCACAAUGGAGGAAAACAUGGAUGAAUCACAAAGCCAGAAAGGCUGUAAGGAGUGCUGUGAGCGAUGUGUGGGCAGUCUGCCCUGGGCCUCUCUCAUAGCUACUAUCCUCCUCUACAUGGGCGUGGCCUUGUUCUGUGGGUGUGGCCACGAGGCUUUGAGCGGCACUGUCACCAUCCUCCAGAACUACUUUGAAGUCAUCAGAGCCCCUGGAGAAAUGCUGGAUGUCUUUACCAUUGUUGACAUCCUGAAGUACAUCAUCUACGGCCUUGCAGCUGGAUUCUUUGUGUUUGGAGUCCUGUUGCUGGUGGAGGGCUUUUUCACCACUGGAGCUAUUAGGGAUCUCUAUGGAGAGUUCAAGAUCACUGCCUGUGGACGCUGCCUGACUGCAUUCUUGAUGUUCCUGGCCUACCUGUUCUUCCUGGUGUGGCUCGGAGUGACAGCAUUCACCAGCCUGCCAGUUUUCAUGUACUUCAAUGUUUGGUCCAUGUGUCAGAACACCAGCUUGGUGGAGGGAGCCAACCUCUGCCUGGACCUGCGUCAGUUUGGAGCAGUGACCAUCUCUGAGGAGAGGAAGGUGUGUACAGGAUCUGAGAAGUUCUUCAAGAUGUGUAAAUCCAACGAGCUGGACUUGACCUUCCAUCUGUUUGUGUGCGCACUGGCAGGAGCAGGAGCUGCUGUCAUUGCCAUGGUCCAUUUCCUGAUGGCUCUAGCUGCCAACUGGGGCUACCUGAAGGAUGCUAGCCGGAUGCAGAAGUAUGAGGACAUCAAGUCAAAGGAGGAACAGGAGCUGCAUGACAUCCACUCUACACGCUCCAAAGAACGCCUCAAUGCAUACACAUAAAAACACAUCCACGAGAAACGACACACUCACAUACCUGUCAGACACAUGCAAGAUGAUACAUGCAUAAACACACACACUCACACGCACACAGGGCCUGACACAAGCCCAUGGACAGCAGAAAUAUACAGUAUAUACACAAGUGAAAAAACACCAACAAACAUUCAGACACACAAAUAAUGACACAAGUGGGCAGGAAUUAGUUGAUAACAAAAAUGAUGAAUACACAAACACCAUCAUCAUCCUCGUGUUGGCAGUAGGUCAUUGGCUCAGGCAGUCUAUGCUAACACUUUAGCAUCCAUUAUGUGGGUUUGCUCCAUACAUGCUUUUAACCCUGACAUCUUAAGACAUCCUGAAAGUGAAAAGAAGCUUUUAGCUUUACCCUAAAAGUAAAAAUGGAUCCCAAAAUAACAAGCAGAGACCACCUCAUCAGAAGAAGCUGGAAGGUAUUUAUCACUAAAACUUACUGAUGAGAAGCUGUAUACAUGAUUAGUCACUUAGAAUAGCUCCAAAAAAUAACCUGGCUACAUCAUCUGUAAGAAGAUUUCUUAAGAUAAAGGCCUAGAUUUGACAUGGCCCUCAGCCCUUCUCCCUCAGCACCCAGAAAUAUAACUGGUUAGUUGUUUUCAAACUAGCUUGGCAAUGUAUGAAUGUGGAAAGCAGUCAACUACAACUUGCCUAAAAUCAGAACGAAACCAAAAUGACCAUGUAAAAGUUACUAGAAAAUUAGCAAAAUAUAUCUGUUUACAUUACAGUACAUGUAUCACAAACAUUUGUGUGUUUCAUAUUUCCUUACAACACAAAGAAUGUAUGCUUUCAUAGCCUGGUGAUGUGAUUGUCAGAUGUCAAAUGAUAAGUCUGUCUUCUCAUGUAGAUGUCACGUAUUGCAUGUUAGAACUUUUGAUGCAUAUGUGUGCACACAUUGACCCGGUUAGCUAGCAAGUGGAGUCAUAUUAGGCUAGCAGACGGUUCAAGGAAAUGUCACAAAAGCAGAUAAUCCAUUUCUCUGAGCCAGCUAAGCGCCUGAGAGAGAGAGAGAGACAGAAGAACAGCUUACAAGUUGACACCUGCACCUCCCAGAUCUGUACUAGGCUGACAGCAGCCCACCCAACUUAGUAGUACUGCUCUUCCUUCCCUUCCUCCUGAGGCUACCCAAAAGGCAGCUUCAAUGUCCUUCAGACCACCAGAGACCACCCUGAGCUUCACUCGCUCCUGUAAGGCCACUUGCUUCAUAGAGUGGUUGUGCCUAGAUUCGAUUUGAACCUUUUUUUUUUUUUUUUGUCAUAAUACUGAAGACCUAAAUCUUACUCUCUAAUUUUCUUAAUAGCUGUAUACUUCUCGAAGUAUUUGAUAUUUGAAAUGAAAGCCUUCGGUCAAGCGCUUUAAUAGCUCAGUCUAAUCAGCACUGCUAUGUUGGACAGCGCUGUCCAGGCUGGGGCACCGUGAAAGAAGUGUUAACGGUGCGAGGGGUAAAGUAGUCUGUAAUAUACGUUGGGUGUAGUGGUCCAUGCCAACGCCUACCCCCCCAUUAACAGCACCCCCGACCAGAAAAUAGUUCCAACUAUCCUGAUAUGUAGAAUAACAGCACAAGAAAAACAGAAGUCAACAUUAUGUCAAGAAAUACCAAAAAAACAAUGAAGAGGAGAACCCAAAGAAAUGUUACAUUUUUAGUUUGGUGCCUGGUGGCCUGAAGCAUCUGAUUCAAUUUGCCUAUGUUUGCAGAACUGCUAUGAGCUGUUCACAUGACACACUAAAGCCCAAAUCAGCAGACACAUGGAUGAGUUUGGUGUCUAUGAACUCAUCAUUUAAUAUGGGGGCUGACCACCAGGACAAUGUUCCUCUUUUCCCCCCAACAGCCUCAAUACCUGCACUACACACAGCACACACAAUUUAUCCACACACUAUCUCACGCGCACGCACACACUCACACACACACACACACACACACACACACAUGCACAAACAUAGAUGUGGCUGAAUGGUUGGUAUUGUGCAGGUAGUGUUGUAUGGUGGUGUCAUGCUGUGUCGUGUCGUUUCGCCACUUGAUAAUGACUGGCAUUGCAGAGAAAUAUGGUCCCAGAGGAAAUACAGUAUGUACCUCCCAGGUACAAAUGGGUAGCUUUGCUAACUUUUCCUUCCCUCCCCUUUUCUUUCCUUUUCGUCCAACCUCUUUCCUCCUCUUUCUCCAUCCUAUGACCUCUUCAUCUUGAGCCCAGUUACAUUAGUUGUUCCACACAUACUUGUUACACAUACCAUACAGACAGUAUGUCCCACAAGUUGCCAUUUGCAGGGUGGGAGGUUCAAUUUUUGAAAUGAAAUGUGUUUAAGCAGGCUUAAUAGUUAAUUUUAAUAAUUAUAAUUAGACCAUACAGUAUAUUGACUGAUAAAGUAGGCAGAUGAAUUGAUGUCAUAAAUAAAUCUAAAUUCUCUUAGUAUUGCUUUAUUUUGUACGGUAUGACACAUAUCAGGCUUCUGUUAUCAGAGUAAACCUUAUUAUGUUACCAUAGUGGCAGGGAUAAAAAAGAGGCCAUGUAAAACAACUAGUGAAACAGGGCUUUGUGUCCUUCCCUCUUCAUCCCCAGUUUGUAUAAACUUGUGAUUUGUCCUCAGAAACAGAGCAUCUUAACAGCACAAAGUCUUUUUAACGUAUGUUCUAUUCUCUGUUAAAUCAUAUUUUUCCUCACUGUCUUGAGUUUUGGCACAUUGUUAUCAGUAUUGUUUAUGUGAAAUUUUAGCAUUGGGGGUAUUUAAAUGGGGCAGGUGUGCACUUUUUCAUUUUCAUGUAAUGAUAUUGUAUUUCAGUGGUUCUGCACACACAGAUACACACAAAGCACACACACACGUGUAUACAGCAAUCGUCUUGCGAGUUUCGAUUCUUUCAUUUUGAUGUUAUGUUUUCUUUUUUAUAUUCUUUCAACAAUACCUAAUGUGACCAAAAUGUAUUUAUCAGUUGAAAUUGGUAAUUCGAACAGGUAACUACUGUGAUUUCUGGGUGGUGUCUUGAUUGUGCAGGAAUGGCUUUACUGAAGGUUUCAAAGGUUGAGGAUUCAAUUCCCAAAAGCAUUUUAUGGCAUAGCUGUUUGUAGAGUUUGGUUGAGCGUGUAAGGUGUUUGAAUGGAUGGGUGUGAUGGGAUGGAGUGGUGGGAGCACUGGAUUAUAAAAUAAAAAAAUCUAAAAAAAGCAAAAAAAGGUCUGAAGGAACCAGGAAAAAGAAGAUGAAACUCAGCAAAACAGCUGCAGGGAUUGAUUCCACUGGAGUGGACUGAUGUCCAAGAUGAAUGAUGUUCCAGCUAAUAAACUCAUGGAUUAAGAAUGAUUCAUUUUACUAGAUAGCUUUGUGGUUUCCAGUUCAUUUUUGGUGUCUCAGUUCAUCUCCUUAGGUGCUUAUAUAUUGUAUGCUGUAUAUUGUAUUACUUUUGGAUCUGCAGAACUACGUGGAUGCAACUUUACAAUAUUUUCAGAAAUCUGCAGAUUAGAUCUUAAAAUUUUGAUAGUUCAAACUGGGAUUUUGAUUUUGGAAUCCAAUUCUAAACUUAAUGACAAUUUAUUUGCGACUGCUAGUUUUUUAAAGAGAGUUAAAACAUUAGACUUGUUUUAACCUUUAGUUAUGAUGCCAAAAAUCAGAAUAAUGUUGAUCCCACUGGAGGGAUGAAUUUGUUCUUAAGCAGUAUACAAAGAGAGAUUUGAGACUUGAUCUAAUUAUACAUAGUCUUUCACCAGCAUCCAGGGAUGUUUUGUUUGUAUUAUAUGUGACGUGUUGUUGAGCCAGCCAUUAGAAUAAGACGGUUGUAUGUGAUGUCCAGGUUCUAGCUGUGAAGGAAAGAGGUGAUUCUCUAUCUGCCAGUAGAGAUGACUGAGAGAGAAUUCAGUUUGUCUUCAGAAUGAUUACUGUACUGAUGAUAAAGAUGGUGAUAGUGGUGAUGACUGGUUCGAUUUGAUUAAACUACCAGCACACACGUACACACUCAAACAAAUACAUACACAGUCCACCACCACCAUUACUCUGAGCCAUAGUUCUUUGCUCUUUUACUUUUCACCGAUAUCACUUCACUUUUAGUAUCAACUUUUAAUCUCUGAAACUUUUUAAAUGUGAAAUCAUUUAAUUAGAAAAAGAGAAAUGUGUUUUUUCUUUUACUUUUUUGUGGGCAGUAUUAAGCACUGUAGCUACAUUAAAUCUGUAUAAAGAUAUACAUAUAUGUGAAACAGUUGAGGUGAGCGGCCAAGAGAAUGAUUUCCUAUCGGUUACAGAGUCUGGAGGAGGUCGUUCAGUCCCAAUGUCCUGAGCUUCUACUCCCCACCAAAGCUGCAUUUACACACACAUGAAUGAUAUGAGCUUUCUUUGCAAGUCUUUGCAACACAGUGGCUGUCCUAAAUUAGAAAACAAUUUACAUGGUAGUAGAUAUAUUGGACUAUGUAAGCGUAUUAAAUACAUUUAAUAUCUAAAACUACCUUUGUGCUUUGAAAACAGUUUGGUAAAAAUGUAAACUAUAUAAGAUGUCAGUUGGAGUAAAACGUCCAAAAACAUCAGCAUAGUCCUUUAAGAGGCAGGAAUGCUCACAAGAUGGCCCUUCAGGCUCUAAUAAAAUGUCUGUUUCUUUCCAUAUUAAAAACCUAGAGCAUAUCAGAAGAAUAUUAUGUAAAGACUAUGUGAUCAAAUCUCACAGCUGUUUUGUUUCAUACUGAACCUGUGAGGUUUCAUACACACGUAGAGACCAAAACCAAACUGAUAGAGACAGCCAGUCAACAAAACAUGCAUUUAGACAUUUAGUGGCUGAGUUUCCACAGAGGCACUAAAGUCUUGCUUGUCUUGGAUUUUUGUCUUGAAUCUAGUGUAAUCUUCCAGGAUAAAACAGAGUUUAAAUAUGUUUAUUUGUGUUGUGUAAAUGCAGCUAAAUUUGACACAACAGAAAAAAACCACAUACCAUCGGUGUCGAUUAGGGGAGACUCCACCAGACUUGUUCAAGGGUGUCUCGGCUGCGUACUGUCAGUAUUUUUAAGGGUCUAGUUUUACAGUAUUCUGUCAUUUCAUUGCCUGACAAUGGAUGUCUUGUCAGUGUUUUUAACCUCAGAUAAAAGAAAAAAAAUAGUUUUUUGUGCACUUAUUGACCAUUGUGAGCGCUCUCUCUCUCUUAUUCUUGGUGUGUAAGUGCAUUGAGAUCCCCAUUGUGGGAUCUGUGUAUAGUCUUGCAGCAUCGGUUAUAGCCUGAAGAAAUAACAAUGAUGAAAAUGAAUGAACUCAUAAUAAUAAAGAUAAUCUCAUACUAGGUUAAAAAAAAAAAAUUAAAAAAAAAGACAGUGAAUCUAGAUGUUGUUUGUGGCAUGGUUAUGCAUUCAAUGGUCAUAAUUUUAAUGAUUAAAACAAAACAAAACAAAAAAAUCAAUCUUUCCCACUGGCACUGUUCUGCUGUUUUUGUUUUGUUUUCCACUUUUCAGUGUGCAGUGUUGCAGUUCCGCUUGCUAAUGGUGUUUCUAAGCUACCUUGCUUGCUCAGUUGUUUACCACCAGAGCAAUAUAUUGUGACAGUUUGACGAAAUCAAGACGUAAACACUAAAUCCAUUCCCGUAAAUUGCCGGCAUACAAGCGCAUGAAUCUAUGACUGCAAGUCUUAAGUGAUAUGAUCAUGGUGUUCUUUAUUGUUUAUCCUAAUAAAGAAGAUUUGCAGAUGUGGUGUAAUGUAUUGCUCUGGCCACCCAUUGUCCUGCACCCACCCAUGCUCACAUCCUCUUCCUCUUUCUGGGCAUUUAGGCUACUUUCACACCACAGCUCCUGGUGUCCAGUUUGGAUUUUUAUGACCAUAUUUGAAUUUAAAAGUGACCCAAGUCUGAUUUCCUAUGUUGUUGUGCUUUAAACAACUCACAUUCAUACACAAGAGUCACUGAUGCAUAAGUAACGCUUCAUGUAACCUAGCAGCACAGCACAGUCAGCACAGCUCACACAGCCAAAACGCCAGAUGUAAUUGACGCUAACAAGGCAAAAAUAAUAAUUCAAGCUACUUCCAAAGCAAAUUCAGAGUUGCACAAUCACGCUGGUAGGAGAAGAAUGAGGUGUGAGUGUAGGCCACAACGACUGCUGCUACCUUGGUUCAGAGGGAUGCAAGGAAUUAACACUGGCAGAGAAAAGAAUGUGGCAAGCAUAGAUCUGAAAGUAUUUAUUUUUUCAUUUGGGCAACAAGUCCGAGCAGUUUGAGCAAAAAACGGAGUCAUCUUUACCAGGUGGUGUAAUUGUGGCCUAAAUGAAACAAAAUCACCUAAAACCUCAGAUUUACUGUUUAAACAGCCACAAGAAGAUCCAGCUGCUGUUUUAACCAGAAAGAGAAUGUGAGCUGCUCGCUCUCCAUUUGUGUGUCUCAUUUACUUUCUAACCCACUUAAAGUUGAAUAUCUGUAUUGACGUGUACUAAUCCUGCGUCCUUCUUGUCUACCCACUGACCACACCUGAGCAUGGACUCACUUUACCAUUCCAUGAGCCUGACCACACACAUUUGUGAGAGGAUUCAGAAAACUGACCAUGUCAGCAUAAUAAAGCAUGAGAUCUGAUUUCUAACCUUCUGGGAGAAAGAUUUGAUCUUUUUUUUGGCUGCUUUUGCAGCUGCAAAACCUCAGUUCUGUAUCGCAGGAUGAAAAAUCAGAUUCUCUGUGCCUGAACAAAUUCAGCUCUUGUCCAUCAGGAACUGAACCACAGAUUAAAAGCUGACGAUCUCAAUCUGUGACAUUUCGGAUGUAGGGAGUAUCUUUUUCUGUUCCUCCAUAAUAUUCUAGACUUUUUGUACUUCACUCUGGUUGCUCAGUAGCAGGCUUUAUCUGAUUCACUCCUCCAUUUUUGUACAUAUCUGUGCCAAUAGCUUGGGCAGACAGUGGCU